GAUUCCUUUCAAACUCACCCACUCACAACUACAGAUGCUCCAGCCAUCACUGAUAUUCAACAAUUACAAUAUAUGCCUGUCGAGAGCAGGUGGGUUAUCAUACCAGAAGCUUGUCUUAGUCAAACCUUAGUACUUCGCUUAUUUCAGCUUAAACGUCUUGAAGACUAUACACCACCGGUUACACUUUCAACACCAUUGAUUGUUCUUUGCUGUAUUCCUGUGAUUAUUAUCAUUCUUCUCACUGUUUUCGGCAAUUUGUUGGUGCUUUUCUUCAAAGCUCGUGUUGGUCGAACUAACACAACACUUCUUGUUUGGAAUCUUGGCCUUACCGACUUUCUUGUCGGCAUAAUUGUACUGCCUUUGGGAGCCACCCAUUUAGCCUAUAGAAAGUGGAUAUUCGGGCGAUUUUUAUGCCGAGUAUGGGUGGCCGCUGAUGUCACUUUUUGUACAUGCUCUGUGGGAGACUUCUUUCAUAAAAGACUGCAAAAACAGCAUGAAAGGGAAGAAAGUGACCCUAAAAAUAUUGUUGCCGAAAAUAACACAGAUGCAUUGCAGGUAACAAUCUGCGUAAUCUCUGUGGACCGAUAUUUGGCCGUGACAAGACCAUUGAGAUAUAAAUCCCUUGUCACGAAAACAAAAGUCAUACUAGUUAUGAUAAUUAUAUGGGCAUUUUCCUCGUCCAUACUUCUUACAACUGUUCGAUGGGAACAACCAAAGUGCUACGACGAUUCCAUAUGCUUCGCUGGGAAUGAAAUACGUUACCUUGCUCAUAGUGUCGUAUUUGCAUUCUUUCUACCAGCUUCUGUAACAUUAACACUUUAUUGGCGGAUCUACAAACUCGCCCGAAAUCGUCAACGAGCGCUUGAUCGUGGAUUUUUGAUGAUUCUAGGCCAGAAUAUGAAUUUUCUUUCAAAUACCAUUAGCCAGCAGGUGAUGUCAACGGCAAGUUGAAU